ACCAGUAAGGAUGAGAUGGGUCGAGAAUUUGUUGUAAUUCAGGUGAACAUUAUUAGAAGAAGUAUAGAUAAAAAGAUGAUCUUUGAGAGUUUGGAUACUGGUAGUGACGAUAUUAAUGACAGUGGGUCGAACCUCUGA